CUGAUGGGAAAAGAUAAGGAACAACACAAAAAUAUGAUCUUUUCCAUACAUAUGUACCCGACUCUUUGAAUCUCAUAUCUACAGACUAGUAGCUAGAAAUAACGUUUAUUACACAUAUACGAAUAAAACACUUACAGCUAAUCCAAUUUUAGCUCAGUAUUACCACAGAAAACCACCUGAACCACAUGGCUAUCCUUAAUUUUGAAUCUCAUAUCUACAGAAUGUUGUAGCCAUUAAUAACAAUUACAUCACAUGUACAUAUAUAACAAUUGGAGCGAAACCAAUUUUAGCCUAGUGUUGCCACAGAAAACCACCUGUGCCACCUAUGAAUAAUUUAUUUCUCCCUAAUACUAUGUCUACGUCUGUCAGAUAUUAUAAAAGUGAAACAUUUUACAAGUAGUAAGGUUUAACGUAUACGAAAAUAUAUAGUGUACCUUCAUAAUGCAUAUAAGAGUGCAAAAAGUUUCAUGUUUCUUACGAGAUCCAAUUCUCUCACUACAUAGCCCGUAAUGCAUUGCGGUGACUUUACGUUACAUUUGGCGACUCCUUGAAGCACUUUUCGACAUAUCGUAUAUCGUUUUAUUUCUCGAGUCGUACAUUACCUAGUUGCGAUUAAUUAUAGAGAAAUGUUUAACAAAAAGCCCAGGCGAAACUUUCGACAGAGAAAGGACGACUCCAGCGAUGAAGAGGGUGAGCAGAAGAACGGUGGUAAUGUGGAGGAGAAUGCGAAAGCAGCGGUUGUCGUAAAUAAGCCGUCCAAAGUGCCCCAGAACCGCGGCAUUUCAUGCAGCUCCAAGCGUGAGACGACGCCUCCUAAAGCGGACAGCACUGAGGAGGACGAGGAGGCGCUGGAGCUCACAGCAGAGAGGAAAGAGAGAGAUGGAGGGAAAAAGAAAGCAAAUGCUGCUCUCAGUUUCUCUGAAGAAGCAGGGGAACCAGAGUUUAGGCUAAAAAAGUCAUCUGAGAAAGCUGUACUGUUCCAACUCAAGAGGAGGGAGGCCUCACCUGUGAAGACCACCCCCAAGUCAGUCGCAGAUGGCGGAGGUAUUCAACCAUCUCUUGCUCAGAUGGAAGAUUCCAGUGACCAGGCUUCACCACGUCCUCUCCACUGUGAUGAUAAUGAUGCUAUUGUUGAGGAUUCUGAUGAUGAUGAUGAUGAAAAAGGUGAUGCCUGGUCUUCCUCAUCUAGUUCAGGAUCUAGCUGCUCUCCUUCAAAGCCAGUAACUAUUCCUAAAGCUAAAGAGAUUGAGGCAGCUAGAAGGCAGCGUCGUGCAGCUCGAGCCCAGAAAGAAUUCAUUUCUUUGGAUAAAGAUGGCCGAAGCUCCUCUGGCAGCAGUCCACAACAUUUAAGGAGGGAGGAUGAAGAGGACCGAGAUGAUGAUGAUGAUGAUGAUGAUCAGCUUGAUGAUUAUGAGAAAAGAAUUGAGUUUGCCCCACGACAAAAAAGCAUCAGGGAGAGGAUUGCUGAGAAACUUGGUGGUAGUAAUGGCAGUCUGUCUGGGACUGACGGGGAGGACCAGGAAUUCUGGGAGGAAACACAAAUUGGAAAGGGAGUGAAGAGACGAACAGGACAACAGAGCCCAUCUGGUAGUGAAUCUAGCAGCCAUAGCAGCAGCAGCAGCAGCAGCAGCAGCAGGAAAGACAGGCGAAGGCAAAAGAGGAAAACUGGGAUCAGCGUCCCAGAUCUUCCAUCUGUCACAGUCUCAAUGGUCAAGAGGAGAAUCACUGUAAAAUUGGACUCGUUGAAAGAGGUGCACAGAGCUCGACAGGCAGAACUGAGGAGGAUGGAGAUGGACGUCGACAGCGCUAGAUCCUCAGCAGAAACACUGGAGGAAAGUUCUUCGGAGCUUCAGCUUAAGUUUUACAGAGCUAUGACCCUGUAUGUUCAUAACCUGGUGGAGUGCCUGCGUGAAAAGAUAGUCGAGAUCAACGCAGUGGAGCUGGAGCUGCACACUCUGCUGUCUGACCAGAUGGAGGGGCUGUUGGCACAGAGACGACAGAAUGUGAGGCAGGAGGCCGACCGCCUGCAGCAGCUCAGCUAUAGCAAAUUGGAGCAGAGCUCAGACUCAACCAAUGGAACAGAGACUCAUUCUGAUCCAGAAACUGCACCAAAAGACUUCGAUAUACCUGAAGACACGCAACCAUCGGCAGAGGAGGAAGAGCAGCUGCAGAAGAAGACAGCUGAUAUCUUGUCGAGGUCCCAGGCGGUGUUUUCUGAUGUUCAGGAUGACUUCUGUGAUGUGAAGAAGAUCCUGUUGCGUUUUAAAGAGUGGAGACAGUCCUACUCUGACUCCUACCACAGUGCCUACAUCUCUCUGUGUCUGCCCAAGCUGCUGAACCCCAUCAUCAGGCAUCAGCUUCUGGCCUGGAACCCUCUGAAGGAUGUUAAUGGGGACUUUGAGAACCUGCCGUGGUUCACUGCAGUGGAGAACUUCUGUCACGGACAUGAUCAUGAGGAGCUGGAGCAAACAGACAGACAAACGCUGUCAAAUAUCAUUGAGAGGACUCUCCUUCCCAAACUAACAGCCUUUGUGGAGCUGGUGUGGGAUCCCAUGUCCCUCAGUCAAUCCGUCUGUCUCACUGGUGUUUGUCACAGACUGAAGGAGGAUUAUUCCAUCUUUGAAGGAGAGCAAAGUAAACCAGUCAAGACGUUCUUAGAGGCUGUGAUCCACCGACUGAGGAGCUGUGUAGAUGAAGAUGUCUUUAUUCCUCUCUACCCAAAAAAGUUCCUUGAAGAUAAGUCAUCUCCUCAGUGUCGCUUCAGGGAUCAGCAGUUCUGGACGGCCAUUAAACUCCUAGGAAACAUGGGAAAGUGGGACGUGCUGCUUCCUGAGUCUGUAUUGAAGGAACUGAUGCUGGAAAAACUGCUGAAUCGAUACCUGAUGAUCACUCUUUCCAGUCAGACACAAUCCUGCAGUACCGUCCAUGCUUGUAAAAAGAUAGCAGAUAGUUUGCCACUUUCUUGGUGCAGAGAAGAAAACGUCUGUUUGCCUCAGCUGCAGAAUUUCAGAAACCACCUUGUUCAAGAAGUUCACACUAUUUGCAAAAAAACUCCUCCUGAGGAAACAAAUACAAGGUCUGUUGUGGUUGAAGUGCUCCAGGUACUGAGUCGAAUCAGAUGCUAUGAUUCAAUCAUGGCAAUAGCAGAGAAAUACCACUAUGAGGAUGUCGUCUACUCUCACCAGCUGUUAAACCAAGAGACAAUAUGAACAACAGAUGCUUUCUAUUGGAGGUGGAUUUACAACAAACUCAUUUUGGAAGCCGUUGUCAAAGAAAAUGUGCAUAAAGACAAAAAGGGAGGUGAUGGUUUCCCAUGUCAGGGGACGUACACAUAUCCAACACACCACCAGGCCAUGGCUCAGGAGGUAGAGUGGGUUGUCCAAUAACUGAAGGGUUAGUUGUUCAAAUCCCGCUCUGUCCUGGUCAUGUGCUGUUGUGUCCUUGGGCAAGACACUUCACCCGCCUUGCCUCCUGUGUCGCUCACAUUAAUGUAUGUUUGGUGGUGGUCGGAGGGGCUGUUUGCCAUGAAUUGGCAGCCAAACUUCUGUCAGCUGUGGCUACAAAGGUAGUUUACCACCACCAGAGUGAGAAAGACUAAUGGCUCAAUAAUAUAAAGUGCUUUGGGUGCCUUGAAAAGCACUACAGAAAUCUCAUCAAUUAUUAUUAUUAUUAAUUAAAGCACAAGGAAAAAAAGACAUUUCCAUUUUCCUGAUUCACCAGUUGCAGCUGCUGAAUUGUAUCUGUCACAUCAGUUUAACAAAAUGUUGUGUUAUGAUGGAAGCAAUACAACCUGUCAAACCAACAAUAAGGGCAAUUUUACAUAGUUUUUCUGGUCACUGAACACUGUCUGAUUAUGUAUGAAAUAGAGCAUGUGCUGCAAAGUAAAGAGAUCUCAGGAGGUUUUAAUCAAACAAUUUGUUGCUUGUUUUAUACAGAAGAUAGUGAUAAUAAAUAUUUGACCUUUUACUUAUGUAUCUGGAGUUUUAAUUAUAUUCAGUUUUCUAGUCAGUGUCUCUGUGAUGCCCUUAGUGUCAGACUUUUGUAAUUUAACAAAGUCCUUGCUAACAAGCUCAAUGUGUAUUUCAGAAUCACAGCACAUUAAAAUAUAUACCUAUAAUUAAUUUAGGAGGCAUUUACUGCAUGCAAGUGUGGAUUGAAGGGACUGGUAAAUGUCCAGUAAGACAGGUCAUUUCAGAAAACAAGACAAUUUAGGAAAAGUUUUGACCUGUCUUUUAAAACGGUUUGAAGAGAUUUUCCCAUGCAGAAUGUAAAUUGUAGAACUAAAAAAAUCAUGGUUGUUGGUUGAGCACAGGUUUGUCUUUUCAUUUAAAGGCAAACAGUUAUAUACAAUACGUACACACUUUAAGGACUCAAAUACUAUAAUAAUCCUUGUAAUAAUCCAUCACCUCUGACCCUCUGUCAGUGUGUGAUUUUGUAUUUACCUGCAGACCUUUCCUUCUGCCUGUAUUUUCUAUUUUCCUCUUGUUCUGUGUUGAUGUUUUUGGGUGUUGAUUUUCUGACAGUUUAGAUUUCUGCCAAUUAACAGCAUCAGACAUUGUGCAGAACAUAAAAACAUUGUAAUUUUUCAUCCAUGGUGCUUUUUUUUUUUCUGGUUUUCUAAUUAUUGCAGUCUGCCAGACAAAACUCAAAGUGUAAAUGCACACACUAGAGGGAAAAAACAAGAAUCUCAACCAUUUCUAGAUGUCAGGGAGCAUUUUCACCAUUUCUGAAAUGUGAUUUGUAAAAGUUGAUAAAUGUGUCAUCUGUGUGAGCAAAGAUGAGACUUGUUAUAUUAGCAGAGUUUGCUUUAUUGUAAUUCAUACAGAGCAAAGCACAGUAAAACAAACCCCCCCAAACAUACCUGUCACAUGCACAUAACACUCACAAAUAUCAAACCAAAUGUGGAGUGCAACCAUCAAAAUCCCCUGUAGGUGAAACAAGUCCAGUCCUUACGUGCUCAAGCUUUUCUUUGGGUAUAUAAAACAAACAGUUCUUACAAAACAGUGAGUGAAUCUGUUCAGAUUCAGGGAGUAUCUCAUUCUGUUUUGUGCAUCAACAGCUGGAUGCAUUUUCUGACAAGGCUCAAAGCAAACAUGUGGAUAUGAGCUACUGCAAAAAAAAAAAAAAAGACAUUCAAGAAGAUAGUGUGGUUUAGUGAAAGCAAACAUUUAAACUGCCAAAAACUAAACAAUCAGGAUUUUAAUAGCAGGUCAGGCCAUG